AUGGAAGACCCUGCUUCUCCGAUUCACGGUAAUCGUUCUGCCUCAAACAUAUUAUUCCAAAUUACACCGGCAUCCUCGAUUCUGGAAACCACCAGUUCGAACACCGAUCUUCGCAAGACGGUAUCUGAGCCUAAUCUGCGCAAGAACAACUUACGAUCUCGUAUUCAGACGAAGAUUGCGUUUCGAAGACAGGUCAAUCGGGACGCAUGGGAUGAAGCGACCACAGCCUCAAGUGUGCGUGAGGUAGUUGAAGAAGAGGAGGAGAAUGACGACGAUAUGAAUGAAGCCAUUUUUGAUACUGCUACACCCGUACGUCUCAACUCCUCUUCGGAUGCUAGUUUUCUACAAUCUUGCCAACAUGGAGACCACCUAUCCGAAGCUGCUGCAACUCUGACGGCUACUCUUCCUUCUAGUCGAGGAGUUAAUCCUUCAAUGAGAAUCGCAUACCAGCCGCAGGCGAAGUCACAAGCAUUUCAGCCAGAACUGGUGCCACCUGGUUUCUCUGCUGAUAAUUUGUCAAUUGAAUCGCGAACCUUGGGAUUUUCAACCAUCCCCAACUCCAUUAAAGCUUCUAGUUCUCGAGCCUCUCUUCAGCUGAGAGCUGGGCACCGGUUAUUUGCUUCAGAUGACGACCAUUCGCUGCUAUUAUUGACACUUAAUCGACAGCAACAACAACCUCAGGAGGAAGAGUACCAGCUGGGUUCUGAUAGGCUCCUAAGGGCUGAGGCUUCGGGCUCCUCUGCGGCAAAACAGCCUCGUGUAUCUGCUCCUCUCGUUUCUUCCACCAAUGUCAGCUUGAAAGAACCUUCGGCACGCGUUUCGAGAUCAGCAGCAAUUCUUUUUAACAUGGACGAAAACUCGGUUUAG